UCGGGCCAACCCCCGCCACCUGCCGCCCACUCAUUUUCCGCCUCCCUCAGGCGAAGUUAUUCAUCUGUCGGAGAGCUCGCCCGCGCCUCCUGAAGCUUCCAGCGGAGCGUGCGGACGCCCCUUCCGGCCGGCGCCUAACAUAUACAAGACCUACCCAUGUGAGGAUUUGUCUGAAGACAACCCUGCUGUUGACAUGAGUAUUCCACACUUUGGGACAAUUUCUCACUAGCAAAUGAGAGCACCCAACUCUACUCUGAAGCAAUGGAUCAAUCGGCUGAUAGACCUGUUUUUUUCUGGCUGAAAUGAUACAAUUGGGUUCUUGGUCUUAUGAAGACAAGGACUUACACUAGAUCUGUAUCACAUGGAAAGGCAACCAGCCACACCUGCAAGCCAGCUGGACUUUAACCUUCUUUCCGCUCAGAUCUCAAGAACUUUUUAAGCGCUUAAUGGAUGCCUGGAAGUUGACAUACAUGUAUAUUCAGAAAUGUUUUGCCACCUGAGACCUGUGAGGAGGUUAUGUCUAGAGAAGAUAUUUCCGUACUGGUUUCUCUACUCAAGAGCUUUAUCGGGAGCUGAAGCAGUCAAUGCUUUGAGGCCAUUCUAUUUUGCAGUACAUCCAGAUUUCUUUGGACAGCACCCCAGAGAAAGGGAAGUCAAUGAAAAUUCUCUUAAGAGAUUAAGUGUCUACUUAGAAAACCUCCAGAAACCAGGCUUCAAGUCUUUGAAACCAACUCACCUCACAUUUUAUGUAAGAGAAACAGACCAGAAUUCCUCUGAUGGCCAGGAACCCUUUAGCACUUCUGGAUUUCGAGCAGUCAAAUUUACUUUGCACACCAGAGAUCUGCUAAGCACAGUAUUAUAUAUUCUCAACUCCUGCAGUUUAUCUAUUGAACAUAUCCAAAGCUUGAAUACAAGUGUGCAUUCCCAGACUCUCAAGGAGGCUAAAAGGAUGUCUGACAGGCCCAUCAAAUGGGACAAGUCUUACUAUUCCUUUACUGGAUUCAAGGACCCUGACGAAGACUUUGAACAAGUAUCAAGAAUGGAAACAUCCCUGACAUCCUGGUUAGAUAACAAUGGAAAAAGUGCUGUUAAGAAGCUGAAGAGUAGUUUGCCACUUAGAAAAGAACUAGAUCGUUUGAAAGAUGAACUGUCUCAUCAGUUGCAGCUCUCAGAUAUCAGGUGGCAGAGGAGCUGGGCCGUGGCUCAUCGCUGUAGCCAGCUGCAUAGCUUAGGCCGCUUAGCACAGCAGAACUUCGAAACACUUAAAAAUGCAAAAGGAUGUACACUAAUAUUUACAGACCGUUCUGGGAUGAGUGCAGUGGGCCAUGUGAUGCUAGGAACAAUGGAUGUCCAUCAUCACUGGACAAAACUUUUUGAAAGAUUACCAAGUUAUUUUGACCUUCAAAGGAGAUUGAUGCUUUUAGAAGACCAAAUAAGCUAUCUUCUAGGUGGAAUACAAGUUGUUUAUAUUGAAGAAUUACAGCCAGUUUUGACACUUGAAGAAUAUUACUCUCUUCUUAAUGGGUUCUAUAGUAGACUGGUGAAAAAUAGAAUACCUUUUCACCCUCGAAGUCUGCGUGGCUUACAAAUGAUCCUUAACAGUGACAGAUACGCUCCAAGCUUGCAUGAACUUGGGCAUUUUAACAUCCCCACCCUCUGUGACCCAGCAAACCUCCAGUGGUUUAUUCUCACCAAAGCCCAACAGGCAAGAGAGAACCUGAAGAGAAAAGAAGAGUUAAAGGUUAUUGAAAAUGAAUUGAUACAGGCUUCAACGAAGAAAUUCUCUCUGGAGAAGUUUUAUAAGGAGCCCAGCGUUUCUAGUAUACAAAUGGUGGAGUGUUGUAAAAGACUUCUAGAACAAUCACUGCCUUAUCUCCAAGGGAUGCACCUAUGCAUUUCACAUUUUUACUCUGUUAUGCAAGAUGGAGACCUUUGUAUUCCUUGGAAUUGGAAGAAUGGAGAAGCCAUUAAGUAACACAGAAAUUGUAUUAUUUUGUAAAGGGAUAAGAAAGAAGCUGUUAAGUUUAUUUAAAUCCACAAUUUGACAUAGUAGUAUUAUUUACAUAUUAUAAGAACAAAGUUUCUAACUGCUGCUUUCAAAGUAGACUUUUUUUAGUGUUAAUUUCUGCUAGGAAACAUGUUUUAAAAAAGGUUUUAUCUCCCAAUCUUGUGUUUCUUAUCUUAUUGGAAAGACCAGGUAAAAAGAUGUUAGAAUGAAAGAACCUUAUUAGUGGUGUGUAAACGAGAGAUUCUACAGAGUUAAAGAUAAUCUAUUUUUAUAUGAGUGAAUGUGGGUUAGGCAUCAGCAGGUGGAAUUCAGUUUAGCUCUGAAGUAAUGGAACUCUUUUCUACAUGUAACUCAAUUCAACAUGCAACUUUAUAGUUACAGCUCACAUAUAAGUACACACGUGUAUGUUGUAACCAGUAAUGGACAGUUGAUGUCCAAAACAGGUGAUUAUUGGGUAGCAAAAAUCUAAUUUUGCCUAAAAGAAAAGUAGAAGGAAAAAGAACAAUUGAAUGAAUAUAUGGUAUUGACAUUGUCAUAAGCAGUCUGUACCAGCUUGUUAAAACUCUUUAGUGACAGAGAAUUUAGUUUUAAACCCAUAUGUUUUCCUGCUCAUUAAAAUGUUAAGUACUGAUAAGCUUUAAACCAACAGACAGUAAAUGUUUUGGAACCAUUUAAGGAUUUGACUAUUUGUUUUCAUAGACAAACGCUUUGCAGGAAAAUGCUUGUUUCCCAAAGAGUUCCAAUAAGAUGGUCAAGUAUAAAAUGGUCCAGACCAUUCAGGACUUCAGUCUACCCCUCUCAGCCCUGGCCUUCCUGUUCCUACCAAUGCUGGGAGUGCUGGGUAAGCUCCCCUGAGCACCCCCUUGUCCGUAGUUGUGUGGGCCUCCCUGAAGCCACAGCACAGCACAGCCUCAGGGGAACGAACAGGACUUCUCUCCACAGAUAAUUCCCUUAGGAUAUUAUUUUUAACCUGACCCAGCAUCUCUUCUGCUUCUUUCUCAAGAGGACAAGGUGAGUCCUAGUUUAGGACACCAUUUUUGGUGGCUCUAGUUUACUACUGAAGAAAUGUUUAAUGCAUUUUUCCACAGUGCGUUAGAAAGGAAAGGAGAUGUUAAAAAACCCUCUUGAUGUAUAUUUUAAAUUUAUCUGAAACACUGAUUAUUUAAAUUGUUAAAAUUCAAGUGUGUGAUUAAAAGAAGCACUGGUUUGUAAUUAGUAUAGUUUGUACAUAUCGUCCCCCUUAAUCUGUGCCUAACCACUGUACUUAGAGGUUUUUUUCUAAUGUAACAGAUGUUGUUGUCUAUAAAGAUGUUCCAGAGCCAAACAAUGGGAGUGAAAAAUUCCCUAAAGGUUAUCUGAGAAAAUGUAUUGGAAACGUAGAUUUGGAUUUUGCCAUUUCUAAUACCAGCUAAUAUAGAUCCUCAAGUAAUAUGUUUUAAAUUGGACUUUGAUUCAGACCUAAUUAUUAUAUAAUAAAUAAUACAUUAAUCAGA